UCUUUUGUUUGGUUUUUACCCUUAUCCCUUGCAGCAUUUUUGAAUACAGCGUUGAGUCUCCUAGGAAACAGUACAACAACCUUUGAGAUUUCAUAGCAGGAAUUGUAGGCUUUGAGAAUCGCUUAAGUGCUUCAGCUGAACAUAUUUCAUUAAAUGUAAUUUUCAGUUGUUUGUUAGGCUACAUACAUUUUUUUGCUAUAUUUUAGGACUGAAUAGUAAUGGCUAUUUACAUCAAUUAGGACAAUUAGGUCCGUUUGACUGUUAGCCGAUACCUUACCAAAUCUGGUGAGCCUAGUGAAAUUAUUUUCUUAACACGUUUGCUUGAUUUGUAAACUUUGUUUUGUGGCUAUCCUAUAAGCAUUGUAGUGUAAAAUAUGCCUGGCAAACGGUUGAUAUUUUUGAUCUAGAUGGGUAUUUUCCAAAUGUCUAUUUCUCGCUCCAAGUCAUUUGCACUGGAUACACUCUGAUUGUGGGACUAGAUCUUCUGGAAAAAAAAAAACCUCAACCACUAUUCCCCCAUCCCAAAGUUAACUCAAGCUGUCUGACGUCAUACUCCCACAAUGCACGCGCUCAGCUACUCGAGCGCUGCGGUAUGUAGAGGGAAAAUAACCCAGGCCUCAAAAAUAUCAAAAAAUCUAAAAAAAUUAGAAAAAUGUACUACAGAUAAUGAAUUAUGUGUACAUGGUGGAUUUGAAAGCGACAGCACUUCGGCAGAGCUUGCGCCCGGUUGGGAUUUCGAAAGUUGCCUCCAUCGACAAAUGCAGUCCUCGAAAGUUCGUGGACGAUGCUGAUUCAAAACUGCCCUCUAGUUGCACUAGGAGUUGGAUGUGUGACAUGUGGCCAUUCUCUCUCUCAGAAUCUGCCUCAACUCUUUCUGUGAGAAAAUGUACCACGGGAAGGACCACUUGAACAGCCAUUUGCAGACCCACGACCCUAAUAAGCAGAACUUGCAGUGUGAGGAAUGUGGUAAGCACUACAACACCAGACUGGGUUACAGGCGUCAUGUGGCUACACAUGCUGCCUCCCGUACAGGGGACCUCACCUGCAAGGUAUGCCAGCAGAAUUUCGAAAGCAUGCCUGAUCUCUUGGAGCACCUGGGCACCCACACAGGUAGACCACCACCGGCGGGCACUGCUGUGAGGGAGAGGAGACACCCCUGUGACCAUUGUGAUCGCCGCUUCUACACUCGCAAAGAUGUGCGGCGCCAUGCUGUGGUGCAUACGGGCCGCAGGGACUUCCUGUGCCCGCAUUGUGCCCAGCGAUUUGGCCGCAGGGACCAUCUUACAAGGCAUCUGAAGAAAAGCCAUGCUCAGGAGCCAAGUCAACUUGCCUCCAUGGCCCAAGGCGCUAUGAAAGAAGAGCCAAGCCCCACUUUAGGCCCUGUGACACUUACAAAGGACCCCACAGAGGCCUUUUCAAUGAGCUUGUACAACUCUCAGCAUCUGCAGGGUGCUUCUACCUCAGGGGUACGCCACCACCACCAUCACCACCACUCUUUGGUGCCUGGCUCCCUUUCAGCCCCCUUGGGGGUUGGUUGCAGCAUGGAGCCUCCUAAGCUCCAGCAGCAGCAGCAGCUUCAGCAGCAACAGUACCUACAACCCCCUAGGUAUCAGUCUGGAUCUACCUCAUACCUGAAGGCAGAAAUGGAGAACCUUCUGGCAGAGCUGCAGUGUGGGCCACCUGCCCCUCAGGCAGCAGCCCCUGCUUGCUCAUCCCGGCCAGGAGACUUGUUUCCAGAAGGCCUUGGUCAAGACCCUCACUUCUCUCUCAGGAACUCCGCCUUCUCUAACACAGAGCACACCUCUGCUGCUAAUAUGGACCUCUCCCAUCUUCUUGGGUUCUUGCCAUUUGGAUUGCCCCCUUAUAGUAGUCCUUUGGGCACGGGAGGUCUUGUGAUGGGUUACUCAACGACCACCUCAGCUGCCAAUUCUUCCUCCUCCUCUUCACAAAUGUCUGGGCCCCUUCCCACAUUUCAGCUACAGCAGCAUCAGGAGCACCAGACCUCAGGCCCCCUGAACCAGAUGCCUGCAGUGUUUAGCCCUGGUUUCAGUUCUCACACACUGCCACGAUUCCACCAGGCUUUCCAACAGUAAAACCUUUCUGGAUGAAGAGGGUACAAAAACAUAAAAAAUAUGAUAUAGAGCCUGCUGAAUGAGAAUCCUAUAUUUUGAACGAACCAGACACACAGUUUUCCCGGAAGUCAAAGUGAACAUCUAUAGGCCUAAUUAGAUUAGUUUUAGUUGUUCCUCUGUAGUGUUUAUAGAUUUACUACUUUUCAAGCAGUUACCCCCUUUAUUCUGAUCUCUCAGGUUUAAAACCCAAGAGGCAAAUUUACCCACAAAAAUCAGAUACUUUAUUUUUAUUUUACGCCCAUAAUGAAUCUCAUGAAGCAAAAUGACACAGUGUCUUCUUCUUGAACAGUGGAGCACUUUUAUUGCCUUUAGCACUUCUUCGACUGAAGGUGAAAUUCAGUCGAGUUCUUCAAACUUUAAAAAAAAAAAAGUCCAGAGCCCAAGCUGGAUUCUGUUAUCUAGUUUCACCUCACGGACUGCACUGUCACACAUCUUGUAUAGCACAUUAAGUUGUUGCAGGAUUAACAUGAAUUUUGUUAUUGAAAUUCUAACAGAAGGGCAAUACAUCUUUCAAAAUUUCAGAACAUUUUAGAAGCUAAGUUACUCUGAUAGGGGUAGAGUUUCCUAAAUUUGUUUUAGUAUAGUGAGGUUGACCCAUUUUAGCAACAGGAUGAUUGAAAUCCCUAAGUAAUGGCAUAUUUAGAUUUAGUUUGUGCUAGAUUAAGAAUCAGGUGUGUGUACUGAUGGAAGCAAUAAUUAAUCUCUUAUCUGCAAACAGUGAACUGGAUUUUUGUGAUUGGUUGGUGAAUAACUUUAGUGUACACCUGAACAUUAGCAUGAUUUUUGAAAAUAUUAUCAUAUACAAAGUAUGGAAUAAUGUUGAAUAAGCAAAAGUAUUCAAAGGUUUUGCUGUGAAACAUUACUUUUAAGUUGUUUUUCAAAUGAUUGUAAUCAAUUGUUUUUAAGUCUGAAAUUGCUGCAUUUAUCAAUAUUAUCUCCUCACAAUUAUCAUUUUGUUAUUAUCUAGCAUCAGGCCCACCAUCAGGGGGGGUCAAAGGGUAGAGAUGAUCCUCGGCCGAAGGCCAGGGGGGCCCAUGCGAAGCUCUAUGAUUAAAUGCGUUGGAGAGGAGAACUGUUUUGCCGUGCGCAGAUGGAACAUGCGUUGUGUGUGCAUUGCCGUGUGCAAAUGGCCAGUCAGCGAUCUGUGCACGGGGCGGGGGGAAUUGGUGUUUGGUUGU